AACAUCACAAUUAACAUGAGAAGCAUGCUCUGCUGCUGCGUUAGCUCGGGGAGCAACAAGAAGUAUGCUGAGCUGGAUGCUAAGCUCGCACGGAAAAUGGUGGAGAGCCGGAGAUAUUAUCCGGGACAUCGGAGUUUAAAGUCCAUUGAUUCGGUGAUCAUGAAGUUUCCUAAGCUAAGAGAAGGAUUAAGAAAGAUCAGAACCGUCUUCGAAUCCUAUGAUAGCGAUGGAAACGGGACAAUCGAUAUGGAAGAGCUGAAGAAAUGCUUAGUGGAACUGGAGCUGAUGAGUUUGUCGGAAGAAGAAGUGAAAGGUUUAUACGGAUGGUGUGAUGUUGAUGGAAGCAAAGGGAUACAGUUCAAUGAGUUUAUAGUCCUUCUUUGUCUCAUUUAUCUUCUAGCUAAACCUUCCUCUCCAUCUAGCUCGGAGGAAUCGAGUGAGAUGGGUCCGAAGUUGGUUGAAUCAAUAUUUGAUCCGAUAGUGGAAGUGUUCUUGUUUUUGGACAAAGAUGGUAAAGGGAAACUGAACAAGGCUGAUGUGAUAAAGAGAUUAAAUAAUGAAGACUAUCCGCUAGAGAGAUCUCCUAAACAUGUCACCAACAUGAGAUUCGAAGAAAUGGAUUGGGGAAGAAAAGGGAAAGUGGGUUUUAGAGAGUUUCUAUUUGCUUUCAUGAGUUGGGUGGGUCUUGAUGAUGCAGAUGAUUAUAUCAGUAGCUAAGAAACAACACUUAUGUCUGUGUACUAAUAUGUAUUAUGUAUACCAAUCUGUGAUCAAGAUGAUUCAUUAAGCUUGUUUAAUUAACAUAUAUACAUAAUGAAUAAGAUACAAUUUGUUUUCAAAA